AUGGGGUGUGGAGCAGAGCUCAGGCUGCGGGGCUCAGGCCAAGCUCAGUGCGACUUGGUGAGGUUGGCACGCGGAGGAGAAAGCCUGGUGUUGCUGGGACAGACACUCUGCGAGUGCUCACAGUUGAUGCACACGAUGUCCGAGGGGACACAGGAGGCCGCCGGCUCGAGGGAGCCUGCAUGCGUGCUCUGUGGCCGAGUGCACGCUGACCUUGGUAUAAUUGGGAACAAAUACGUGAUGAAGGGGAUCUACUUCCAUACUUUUUGUGUGACAUUUUCCUCCGGCCUUUUACAACGAGGAAGUGAUGGAAGUUCACAUUUCUGCACUCAAGACCUGAUACGCACAGUGAGGCAGGCAGAGCAGACGCUCUGCUUCGUCUGUGGCAAUUUCGGGGCCACCAUCACCUGCGCAGAGGCGGGCUGUGACCGCAGCUUCCAUCUCCCCUGCGCCUCCGAGGGUGAAUGUGUCACCCAGUACUUUGGAGAGUUCAGGUAAGGGCUGCCAGGCAUCGCCAGUGAACCUCCAACCCCUGCUGUCAGCACCA